AGUGCACACUCAGCCCUCUGGGGAGUGAUAAGGGGGCCCCUGGGCUGCUGCCCCCAUUUAUGGCUGGAUUGCUCUUCCACGUGGCUGCUGUGCCCAAGGACGUGUGGGAGGAGGCUGAGGAGCCCUUGCGCAAGGGGUUAGUGCCUGGUACCGCUGGGUCAGCUGAGCCGGGGUGCCCAUCCGAGUGUGCAGGGCAGGCAGAGCGCCCAUAUCCACCAUCCCAACCAACCUCAGUGUCCCUAGUGGCCUGCCAGCUGAGGUCACUCGUGAAGAGGCCCAAGGCCCCUGCCCGCAGCCACGGACUCCUGUUCAAAGUGGACAGGCAGGACUUCAGACUUGGAGCUGAGAGCCUCUCUGCCAGGACCCUCCUCCCAGUUCAGGGAGGGCAGGGCCAGGCACAGCAGAGGCCCAGCCAGCCCUGUACCUUACUGGCCCCUCGCCGUGCUGCGAUGCAGGGUGGGUGCCUUGUCUGAGCUCCCUGGGGCCUCAUGGCAGCGUCUCCACCAUGACCUAUAGAUGAGGAUACGAGCUGGGGGGAAAGUUUCCAGGGCCAGCAGUGGUACGUCAUGCAGCAGGGCCUGGCUCUAAGCCCUCCGCGGAGAGGCCUGUGCCACAAGAACCUGCCUGGCCCGCACUGCUCUGAACAGUGUCAAGCAAGUGAGCAGCAUCUAAGCAAGUAGGCUGCCCAGCACACACUGCCCCUCACCUCGCCCCCACUGGCUUGACCAAUGCGUCUGUGUGGCCACCUCCUGCCUGUUGGGGUUCUGCUCCUGGCAGGGCCCCCAGGCUGGGCCUGGGUCCCCAACCACUGCAGGCCUCCCAUUGAGGCUGUGUGCAACUUCGUGUGUGACUGUCAGGACUGCUCCGACGAGGCCCAGUGUGGUUACCACGGGGCCCUGCCUGCCCCAGACACCCCCUUCACCUGCGACUUCGAGCAGGACUCCUGCGGUUGGAGGGACAUCAGCACCUCAGGCUACAGCUGGCUCCGAGGCCGGGCAGGGGCUGAACGGGAGGGUCCCGGGCCACACUCGGAUCACACGCUAGGCACUGAUCUGGGUUGGUAUAUGGCUGUUGGCACCCACCGUGGGAAGGAGGUGGCCACUGCAGCCCUGCGCUCCCCUGUCCUGCGCGAGGCAGCCCCCACCUGCCAGCUGAGGCUCUGGCACUACACAGCCUCUGGAGGUGCAUGCCCAGGACCCUGUGCCCCAGGCAGGGUGGGGGGUGCCCUGAGGGGAGGGACUGGGGAAGCAAGGGGGCUACAGCAGAGGCUGGGAGGCACCCCAAAGGAGGGGCUGGGGUCCCAGGGCAGCUCACAGCCAGCAGGCUGUGGGAGGCAGCAGGGGCUUGAGCUGCUCCAGGCUCCCAAAGCAGAUGCAGCUGAGCUGCGGCUGGAGCUGACCCACGGUGCCGAGACGCUGACCCUGUGGCAGAGCUCAGGGCCCUGGGGCCCAGGCUGGCAGGAGCUGGUGGUGGCCACUGGCCGGAUCCAGGGUGACUUCCGGAUUACCUUCUUUGCCACCCGAAAUGCCACGCACAGGGGCGCUGUGGCCUUGGACGACGUGGUCUUCUGGGGCUGUGGGCUGCCCACCCCCCAGGCCCACUGUGCCCUGGGGCACCACCACUGCCGGAACGGGGCCUGCGUGGAGCCCCACCAGCUCUGUGACGGCGAGGACAACUGCGGGGACAGCUCCGAUGAGAGCCCCCCCGCCUGCAGCCACCACAUGGCCACCGACUUUGAGACAGGACUGGGCCCGUGGAGCCAUUCAGAGGGCUGGGCCCGGAACCGCAGCACCGGAGGCCCUGGGUGCCCCACCUGGCCACGGCGUGAUCACAGCCGGAACAGUGCACGGGGCUCCUUCCUCGUCUCUGUGGCUGAGCCCAGCGCCCCAGCCAUCCUCUCCAGCCCUGAGUUCCAAGCCUCGGGCUCCCAAAACUGCUCGCUCACCUUCUACCACUACCUGCACGGGUCUGAGGAUGGCUGCCUCCAGCUGUUCCUGCAGACGCAUGGCCCCAGAGCCCCCCAGGUCCCCAUCCUGCUGCGCAGGCGCCACGGGGAGCUGGGGGCCGCCUGGGUCCGAGACCGGGUUGACAUCCGGAGUGAGCACCCCUUCCAGAUCCUCCUGGCUGGGCAGACGGGCCCAGGGGGUGUCGUGGGCCUGGACGACCUCAUCCUGUCAGACCACUGCAAGCCAGUGCCCGAGGUGUCCAGCCCAGCUCCCGGGCUCUUGGCCCCAGCGCCUGGGCCUCAGCCUCCUGGUCCACAGCCCCAGGACUUCUGUGAGCCAGGACAUCUCUCCUGCGGGGACCUGUGUGUCCCCCCAGAGCAGCUGUGUGACUUCCAGCAGCAGUGUGGGGGGGGUGAGGACGAGCAGGAGUGCGGUAAGGGGCAGACAGAGGCAGGGGGGGCCCCCUUCCUCCAGGCUCUCCCCACCGCAGGGGCCAGGCAGCGGCUCCGGGGCCAUUCAGUUCCAGCCACUGUUGCAGGCACCACAGACUUUGAGUCCCCCGAGGCUGGGGGCUGGGAGGACGCCAGCGUGGGGCAGCUGCAGUGGGGGCGUCUCCCAGCCCAGGAAGGCAGGGGCCUUGGCACAGACGCCCGUGGAGCUGUUACUGGGCACUUCCUGUCCCUGCAGAGGGCCUGGGGGCAGCUGACCGCGGAGGCCCGGGUCCUCACACCUGCCCUGGGCCCCUCCGGCCCCCACUGCAAACUCCACAUGGCUUACUAUUUUCACAGUCACUCCCAAGGCUUCCUGGCAUUGGUCGUGGUGGAGGACAGCAGCCGUGAGCUGGUGUGGCAGGCCGGGGGCAGCAGCAGUGGGGGAUGGAAGGUGCACACCGUCCUACUUGGAGCACGCUGCCGGCCUUUCCGGCUUGAGUUUGUCGGCCUGGUGGACUUGGACAGGCCUGGCCAGCAAGGCGCUGGGGUGGACGACGUGACCCUGAGGGACUGCAGCCCCAUGGCGUCCACCAAGGAAGAUGCAGAGGUCUCCUGUAACUUUGAGAGGGACACAUGUGGCUGGCACACCGGCCACCUCACAGAUGUCCACUGGCACCGGGCCAAGAGCCGUGGCCCAGGGUACGACCACACCACCGGCCAAGGCUACUUCAUGCUGCUGGACCCGACGGACCCCCCAGCCAGGGGCCCUGGCGCCCACCUGCUCACCCAGCCCCAGACACCAGCAGCCCCUCAGGAGUGUCUGACCUUCUGGUACCACCUCUGUGGGCCCCAGAUCGGGACACUGCGCCUGGUGAUGAGACAGGAAGGAGAGGCAGAGAAGCAUCUGUGGUCACGGUCUGGCACCCAGGGCAACCACUGGCACCAGGCCUGGGCCACCCUCCACCACCAGCUGGGCUCUGGCGCCAAGUACCAACUGCUCUUCGAGGGCCUCCGCAACGGCUACCACGGCAGCAUGGCGCUGGACGACCUGGCUGUGCGGCCCGGACCCUGCUGGGCCCCCGACCACUGCUCAUUUGAGGACUCGGCCUGUGGCUUUUCCAGCGGGACCCAGGGCCUCUGGAGGCGCCAGGCCAAUGCCACAGGCCACACCGCCUGGGGUCCCCACACUGACCACACCACAGAGACGGCCCAGGGGCACUACAUGGUGGUGGACACAAGCCCACAGGCCCUGCCCUGUGGCCACGUGGCCUCCCUGACCUCAGAGAAGCACAGGCCCCUGGCCCAGCCUGCCUGCCUGACCUUCUGGUACCACCUGAGUGUCCACAGUCCAGGUACGCUGCGGGUCCACGUGGAGGAGGCUGCCAGGCAGCAGGUGCUCAGCAUCACAGCCCACGGAGGGUUUGCGUGGCGCCUGGGCAACGUGGAUGUGCAGGCUGAGCAGGCUUGGAGGGUGGUGUUUGAGGCCGUGGCCGCUGGCAUGGAGCACUCCUACAUUGCGCUGGACGACCUGCUCCUCCAGGACGGGCCCUGCCCUCGGCCAGCUUCCUGUGACUUUGAGGCUGGCCUGUGUGGCUGGCGCCCGCUGCCCUGGCCCAGGCCGGGCGGGUACAGCUGGGACUGGAGCAGUGGGGCCACACCCUCCCGCUAUUCCCAGCCUCCUGUGGACCACACCCUGGGCACAGAGGCAGGUCACUUUGCUCUCUUUGAAACGGGCGUGCUGGGCCCAGGGGGCCGGGUGGCCUGGCUGCGCAGCCAGCCUCUGCCUGCCACUGAGGCGUCCUGCCUCCACUUCUGGUACCACAUGGGCUUCCCUGAGCACUUCUACAAGGGCGAGCUGAGGGUGCUCCUGGGCAGUGCCAGAGGCCAGCUGGUCGUGUGGGGUGUGGGCGGGCACCUACGGCACCAGUGGCUGGAAGGCCAGGUGGAGGUGGCCAGCGCUGAGGAGUUUCAGAUUGUGUUUGAAGCCACUCUGGGCGGCCAGCCAGCCCUGGGGCCCAUUGCCCUGGACGACGUUGAGUAUCUGGCUGGGCAGCAUUGCCAGCUGCCUGCACCCGGCCAGGGAUCGCGUCACUCUGCCGGCAUCCAUCACCAACGACCAGUAGACACCCCAGGGGAUCCUGGCUCUCACACAGCUCCCCCAGCCCCUCAGCCCCAGCCCAACACUGCCCCUCCCCUGGACACACAGAGGCCCCAGCGCCCACCUGCACAGACUGCCACACCACGUGCCCGGGACGGUCCUCACCCAUCAAUAAACACGCCGGCCAUAAGGGCCGGCCCCCUGCUGCCUGAGGCCUGUGUCCGGCACUGCCACCAGCUGGGAGGCAGCCGUGGAACCCCCAGACUGCUUCGCCUGGGGAUGUGCUUGGGGGCAGCUCCCACAGCUCAGUGACUCCAGCGACAGGAAAGAGGCAGGUGUAACAGCCAGGGUGAGGGGCGCCAGGAGGCAGACUCCUACAACCCCGGGAGCCACGGCCAUGGCCCAGGCUCGGCAGGCACCCCAACAUCCGGGCCCUGUGCAGCGCCCGCCUGGCAGGUGGCUCUGCACACCUUUUAGGACCGGGUGCAAGUGACAGGCUGAGGAGGAACACCUUGGGGCCUGUGGUGGCAGGGAGCUGGGCUGCUGGGGCUGCCUACCGCCCACUGCCCACAGCAAAGGUUCCAGUGCCCCCAGAAGGACGUCUUGAAACAGAGGUCACUUGGUGCCAUGAUGCCCCUGAGCAGGUCACCAGAGGGCAAAGCUGAGGUUUCUGGUUUCACAGGGUCUGAGAGAGAAGGUGACACCCCUGGGGUGUGGCCCCCGGUGCCCCACAUACCAUCCUCAUCUAAUGAAAGGGAGUCAAGUCUUUCUAACCCAAAAAUGGUCCCAGGCUCCAAUCUUCCAUGCAGGAAAUGUGGGUGCCCCUCCACAAGGCUUGGAAGGCCCCACUGGGCUUGGCUCUCCAGGCAGAGUGACAGACCAAACUAGACACAGCUGCACAGCCGGAUGCCCCCUCCGGCCCACAGGAGGCUCCACCUCGCCGCCCAGCCCACUGGGCUCUGGGAGCUCAACACCAAGGGCGGGGGCGCCAAGAGGCUGACCAAUGCCAC